UAUAUAUAUAUUUUAUUUGAUAUAUUAUUCUCUUAAAAAUAAUUUUAGAAGAAUUUUUCAAAUUUUUUUAAAAAUAAUUGGCUCAUUUGAGCUAAUUUCCUUGUUGACAAAAAAAAAAAAAGAAUUUUUCAAAUUUUCUUUUCAUUCAUAUUUUAAUUUAUUUUGUGUUAUAUUCUGCAACUACCUCAUUACUACUAUUCAGCCAUUUGUUAUCCAAUCAUAACCAUAACUUAAUCGUCUUCUCACGUUUAUCUUUUAACCAUUUUCUAUGAAGUACAUUGGUUUCAACUUCUAGAUCAAUUUUUGGUAGUUUGAACGUAUAUUCGAGUUUGUUUCAAAUAUUUGUAUUUGCUUUUUUCGUUUAUAUCAUUCAUACAUAUUAUCUUACCGAAUACAAGUGUAACAUAGAUAUGCAUUCUGGGUACUACGAUGCUUCAAAUUAAUCAAUAGUGUGUAUAAAUCAAAUUAAUUUGGUAACUGGUAAGAUAAUAUGUAUGAAUGAUAUCAUUCAAAUAGUGUGUCUUCCACGGUCUAACUCCAAAUUCACUAUAUUUUGUAAUUUUUAAUCCCUAGUCUUCUUCCUCAUCAAGGAGGUCAACAUCAAAAUCAAAAACCCUAAUUGACGCCGCCUCUGAUUCUCUUUUUCUUGCUUAUAAUUGUCACUAAUCUUGCGGGAAUUAACAAACCCAUUACAGAUGAAUAAAAAAUCAGUCAUGUCAGCGCAUAUAUAUAUUUUUAUUGAUAAUUCAAAAUCAGUCUUUAAUAUUCUUCUAAAACACUUUUUUUUAUUCUUCACUAAAAAAAAAAAAAAAGAAUCGAUCAAUAAAAUUGAAAAAACAUGGCUCAGAAGUGCUUGAAAGGUAAUCACGAGAUUAAAAAAUAAUCUCAAUCAUGUGAUAAAAGGUCAUUUUUUCUUCAUCAUCGCCACAAUUAAUAUUUUUCUUUUCGUUCUCGCACCGAAAACCAUCAACACAAAUUGAAAUCAUUCAAAAAAAAAAAAAAAAUCAUAGUUUGAAAUGAUAAGGAGAUUAUCGUUUGUCUUAACAAAAAGAAAAGAAAAAUCGUAUUUAUGAAGAUAAACGAUAAUUUCUUUUCAUUUCAAAACAUAAUUUGGACAAAAAAAAAGCGAAACUUGAAGAUUUUGUGUGUUUUCUGAAUACAAUUCUCAACCUUUCGGUUUCUAUGCCUAUUUAUACUAACACACUAACUAGGGCAAAACCUUAUUUUCAAAAGACCAAAGUAGCCCUAACAAUGUUCUAAUAUUUCGAAACUACCCUUCAUCGUUUCAUCGGUGUCUCCGCCAUUUUCUAUCUCCAAGAAAAACAUUGAAUCUUCUUCUUCUUCGAAAUUCUUAAGCCUUAAAAAUUUUGGUAAUUUAUCUCGAAAAACAUGAUUUUUUCCAUCGCAACAAGCUCUGUUUUGAACCCGAAGCUAUAUCAUCACCAUCAUAGUAACCUCAACAGAAACAGAGCAUCAGCAUCUGUCCAGAUGAUAAACUCGGAGAAUCACAAAAACCCAAGAAAGUGCGAGUGUUUCGAUCUCUACGAUCAAUUGGUUCCAUACAAGAAAGCUUGGUCAUGGCAAAAAAGCAUUGUCAAUGAGAAAAAAGCUCUGAUUGAAAGAAACCAAGAGUGCCCUGAUACAGUAAUUUUAUUACAGCAUCCUCCAGUUUACACAAUGGGAACUGGAAGUUCAGAGGAUUAUCUCAAUUUUGAUGUAAAGGAUGCUCCUUUUGAUAUCUAUCGAACUGAACGUGGUGGUGAAGUCACUUACCAUGGUCCUGGUCAGUUAGUUAUGUAUCCUAUAAUCAAUCUCCGGAAUCACAAGAUGGAUCUUCAUUGGUACCUUAGGAAGCUUGAGGAAGUAGUCAUUCGUGUUCUUUCCUCUGCUUUCUCCAUCAAAGCUUCUCGUCUUGACGGUUUCACUGGAGUUUGGGUUGGCAACCAAAAACUGGCAGCGAUAGGUAUCCGUGUGUCGAAAUGGAUGACAUAUCAUGGUCUAGCUCUUAAUGUCACAACAGAUUUAACACCGUUUAACUCAAUAGUUCCAUGUGGGAUAAGAAACCGUGGGGUUGGAAGUGUAAAGGGUUUGAUUGAGGUUGGAGAACACGUAAAUGGGGACAUGUGUUAUACUAAGCUUGACGAUUUGGAGUUGUUAGAUAUAGCACAUGAGUCGUUACUAAAGGAAUUCUCUGAAGUUUUCCAGCUUCAGAUUGAAAAGAAAAAAGUAUUGAAACUGGAAAGCUAAAGGAUUUGUGUCAAUGAUUUGUUGACACACAAGUGAUUUAUGAGAUAGUGGUUAUGAAGGAGACUUUUUUGUGGACCAGUGCUAAUAGGUAAACAGUGGUUUUAUUGGC